UAAUUUUUCUCAGUUUUUCACGAUUACAAUGCUGCUUUUAUUGAUUUUUUCAUCUAUUUUUCUGUAUUUCUUCUAUCAUUUCCACUGGAAAAGAAGAAAUCUACCGCCUGGCCCUAGGCCCCUACCCUUUUUGGGUAACCUACUGUCUUUGAAGACUCUUAAGCCGGGUUAUGAAGCUUUUAGUAACUGGAAGAAGGAGUAUGGGCCGAUUUUCACAUUUUGGAUGGCUAACAAGCCAUUUGUGAUCAUUGCUUCAUACGAAAAAAUGAAAGAAACAUUCGUAAAAGACGGGGACACCUAUGUGGACAAGCAGCUCACUCACACUGAAAAAGAGCGGCUCGGCGAGAAUUACGGGGUACUGGACACAAAUGGGCAUAUGUGGAAGGAGCAUAGAAGGUUUACACUGACACAAUUAAGAGAUCUUGGGCUGGGAAAAGAUUUGAUGCAGGAAAAGAUCCUAAUGGAAGUUGAAGAACUAUUCAAGGAACUCGAUGCACAUGGAGGAGAAGAAAUUGAUUUGCCGAAAUUAAUCGAUAGAAGUGUUGGAAAUGUCAUUAACUUGACACUUUUCAACAAGAGAUUCGAUAUGGACAAAAGAGACGAAUUUGCCCAUUUAAAAUCUUUGAUUGAUGGAAUGAGAAACGUGACGUCACAGUUCCGUUAUCUAAUCCAAUAUUUAGUCCCAUGGACCUCUACGGUGCUCCCAGGACCCACUUUAUCGGAAAAAGUACGAGCAAAACGCGAGGAGCUCGACGAUUUCUUCUACAGCCAAAUUGAUGAGCACCGGAAUGAGAUUGACUUUGACAAUACGGAAAAUCUAGAUUUUGUUGAAGCCUAUCUCAAAGAGCAGAAAAAACGAGAAGAAGACGGAGAUUUUAAGACUUUUUGCAACAAACAACUAUGCGCCAUGCUAUUUGAUCUCUGGAUUGCGGGACUAAUGACAACCACAAUGACUAUGACAUGGGGUCUGUCUUAUUACCUCUAUAACCCGGAAGUUCAACGAAAAAUCCGUGAAGAAUUGGACAAAGUUAUCGGAAAUGACCGACUGAUUAGCACGGCUGACAAGAAUGAUCUACCGUAUCUACAGGCUUUUGUAACUGAAACUCAGCGAACUGCAAACAUUAUUCCGUUGAACUUAAUCCACAUGACAACUAGGGAUACUGUAAUUGAUGGAUUCCCAAUUCAAAAGGGAACCGGCGUGAUUGCUCAGAUUAGUACGGUUAUGUACGAUGAAAAGGUUUUUCCGGAGCCAUACAAAUUCAAGCCUGAAAGAUUUAUUGAAAAUGGGAAAUUCAAAAAAGUCGAUGAAGUAAUUCCAUUUUCCAUCGGAAAACGCCAGUGUUUGGGAGAAGGGCUCGCCAGAAUAGAGCUUUUUUUAUUUUUCGCGAAUAUUUUCAAUCGAUAUGACGUCAUGCCAGACUUUUCUGGCUCGCUGCCAGAUUUGGACAAGUCAAAGGACAAUUUUGUGAUCCCGCGCAAGUUCAAGGCAGUGCUGAAGAGAAGAUAUAUGGACUAAUUUUUAGCGGAAUUUUUGUAAUAUUUUGUACUUUUUGUAUAAUUCAAUAAAAAAAAUUGAAAA